GGCCGGCGCUGCUGGCCCUUGACCCCGGGAGACUUUUGACCCCAACCUCAGAAUCGGAGACCUGUGGCCUCAAUUCCCGGCGGGACCCUUGACGUUGGCGUGCAUCCAGGACCCUCAUAGCCCACGCUCGGGUCUCCGUCCCCUCUCCCCGGGCCGGGGUCUCAGGCCUCUCCCCAACCCAGGUCUCCAUCUCCUCCUACUUCCUGGUCCCUGUCUCCUCCCGGGCCCAGUUUCCGUCCACUCCCGCCCACCCCCUCGUCCGCUUCCCUUAUUCCGUCCCUGAGACCAAGCGCUGAGCACUGGAAACUGCACCAAGGAUAGUCAAGGGCUCAGCGUCUGGACCCAGCCAGCCUGGGAUUGUGCCCUGGCCCUGCACUUUCCAGCCUGUUGUGCCCGUUUCCUCCUCCGGAAAGCUGAGCAAUGGUAGAACCCGCUCACGGGGUGGUGAAGGGGAUGAGGAGAGAAUACGGGAGAGGAGCCACUGGAACGGUGCCUGGCAGUGGGGCUUGUAAUGGGAGAACAUACAGGUGGGCUCUGGGAGGGCUUCAGGUUUACCAGGGAGGGAGGGUAACCAGGGACAGAAUGGAUUGGGGGGCUUGCUGGUCCCCCCUGACUCUUGAACUGCUCUCAGCGAGCAUGUUUGCAGUGGGCUGCAGUAUGGGUCCCUUCCUGCACUACUGGUACCUCUGGCUGGACCACCUGCUCCCAGCGUCUGGCCUCCCUGGCCUCCCAAACGUCCUCAGGAAGGUCCUCGUAGACCAGCUGGUGGCCUCUCCCAUGCUAGGCGUCUGGUACUUCUUGGGCCUUGGCUGCCUGGAGGGCCAAUCCCUGGAUGAGAGCUGCCAGGAGCUGCGGGACAAGUUCUGGGAAUUCUACAAGGCCGACUGGUGCGUUUGGCCAGCUGCCCAGCUGGUGAACUUCCUCUUCGUGCCCCCCCAGUUCCGAGUCACCUACAUCAAUGGCCUGACGCUGGGCUGGGACACGUACCUCUCCUACCUGAAGUACCGGGUGAGCUCGGUGGGCGGACCAGACACCCAGGGGGCUCCUCAGGGGCCACACGUGUGAACCCCAAAUGGCGAUGCAGCUGCGUUCUAGGGUGAGGUCCUCCUGGGCCUGUGAUAAUCUGCAAACCAUAGCAGGUGGGUGGGGAGCUGAUCCCCAGCAGGGUGAAGACCCAGCCCCCUAUCUGCUGUUUGAUGUGACCUCGGCCAGGACCUGCUGCGUCUGCCCCGCAGGACUGAGUCCAGCCAGAAGACAUGUGGGUGAGGACUCUCGCUUGGUGAAGAGGAAUCCAGAGGGGUGAACGGGGUGUGUGACCAGACUCCUCUUGUAUGGACAGAUCCUGGGCCCGUCCACCGCUAGGCUGCGUGGCCCUGGGCACUGUGCAGACUGAGCUGCCCAGCCCUCCUCACUGGAUGCCAGACAGAGCAGGACUGACUCUGAGCAGGCCAGGCCUGGUCCUGGCCCCUCCCCUACCCCUAGGCAUCUGGCUGGGCUGCCCCCUCCAAGCCUAGGGUAAGACCUCAGUUUCCCCAUCUGCAACACAACCAUGAAGAUAGUCACCCAGGAGCCCUUCUCACUGCAGGCUCUCCGUGAACCAGUGACAGAUGUUCCUAUCCGCAGCACUGGGCCCCGGCCAGCCCGUCCCAAGCCCCAACCCCUCAACACUAUUAUGGGCUGGGCCCUGGGCCCAAGGUGGGGACACAGCCCAUCCCCUUGGAGCAGGGCCCAGCCUGGAGUUAGCCCCCAGAAUCUGGAGCCUUGGGCAGGGCCAGGUGGCUUCCAGUCUCACACUCAGGUCACAGACUGUGGAAAUUCUAUUAAAUUCUCUGGUCAUUGAAAA